GUCCCAGUGGACGGAGUUGACUCUGAUUAACAGCAGCCGAAGAUUGGAGAGGACCUGCAGCAGCUAACAGGGGACAGUUUUCCAAAGACACGCGAACUUAUCGGACGCGACGGAUAACAUAGCACCGGCAAAGGUUUCCAGUGCCAUAUUCGACUCGAUGUUCAGGAGAAGAGAGGGAAUUUAAGUCAGAUGAACCACACCAAAGCAUUCGUCAGCCACUGUAAAUGGACACAGUGAAGAUAUAAAGGACACACAUUUUGAGAACAUCCUCUCGCUGGAUAUUCGUUUGCUCCAAAGCGCGCUAGACACAGAAGCCACAACGAUGGAUGUGGCGGCUGAUCAGCCCCGCUGGAUGCAUCACCAUGCCAUGCUGAACGGGCAGCACCCGGACUCUCAUCACCACGGCCUGGGACACAACUACAUGGAGCCCACGGCGCAGCUCCUGCCUCCGGAUGAGGUGGAUGUUUUCUUUAAUCACCUGGACUCACAAGGAAACCCGUACUACCACAACUCUGCGAGGGCCAGAGUGUCCUACAGCCAAGCGCAUGCUCGACUGACGGGGACUCAUCUCAUCCACAGCCCGGGAUCAUGGCUGGACGGAGGGAAAGCAGCCCUGUCGGCUCACCACCACAACGCCUGGUCCGUCAGCCCCUUCAGCAAGCCCAGCCUCCACCAUCCCGGCUCCGCGUCCCCGGGCGGCCUCUCUGCAGUCUACCCGUGCAGCAGCAACUCAAACACGGUCUCUGCUUCCUCGUUGACGCCGCCGUCCCACUCCAGCCCGCAUCUGUACACUUUCCCCCCGACACCACCAAAGGACGUAUCACCCGACCCGGGGGCCGCGUCUCCCUCCGCCUCCAGAAUGGACGAGAAGGAAUCUAUCAAAUACCAUGUGUCGUUAUCGGAGGGGAUGAAGCUGGAGGACUCCGGUCCGCUGAGGAGCAGUCUGGCCUCCAUGAGCGCGCAGACCCCUUCCACCCACCAUCCCAUACCGACAUACCCCACCUACUCUCUCCCGGCGGCACACGAGUACGGCGGCAGUCUGUUUCACCCGGGCAGCCUGCUGGGAGCUUCAUCCAGCUUCAGCUGCAGGAACAAAGGCAAGACACGGUCCUGCAUCGAGGGCCGUGAGUGUGUAAACUGCGGAGCCACCUCUACACCUCUGUGGAGACGUGACAGCACCGGACACUACCUGUGCAACGCCUGUGGGCUGUACCACAAGAUGAACGGCCAGAACAGACCACUCAUCAAACCCAAACGCAGGCUGUCUGCUGCCAGACGAGCAGGCACCUGUUGUGCUAACUGUCAGACGACAACCACCACACUCUGGCGGCGCAAUGCAAAUGGAGACCCAGUGUGCAAUGCCUGCGGACUCUACUAUAAACUGCAUAACGUGAACCGGCCUAUGACCAUGAAAAAGGAGGGAAUACAGACCCGCAACCGAAAAAUGUCCAACAAAUCCAAGAAGAGCAGGCGGGGCUGCGACAGCUACGAGGAGUUUUCCAAAAGCCUGCACGAGAAAAGCUCUCCUUUUUGCUCUCUGGCCGGACACAUGUCCAUGGGCCACUUGCCGCCUUUCGGCCACACUGGACACAUGCUUCCUACGCCCACCCCGAUACACCCUUCCUUUGGGCACCCGCACCACUCUAACAUGGUGACGGCCAUGGGCUGAGAUGGCGAGGAGAGGGGUUAAAAUAACGCUGGCCGAACCUGAGAGAGUUGUGUAAAUGGGGAUGAGGGUCUCACUAGAGGACAGUGUGUGCAAUGUUACAGACAUGCAGUUUGUGUGUCUUCAUCUUGAUUGUCUCUUAAUUGAUUAUGCCAAUGGUAUGUUGGAGAACAGAUGUGUCAUGGGAGGAAAUGAUAUUUGUACUCCUUAUCUAUAGGUACCUAUUUUGAUGUAGGAAGUCAGAGAGGGAUAUUCUGCUUCCCGCCGGCCAGGCACCAACAUGUAAACACAAAAAAUGUCAUUGCACCUCAUAGUUUUGUCCCCACUGACAGCCUGACUGACUGCAGUGUGGCUCAGUAUGUGCCGAACAGGUUUAUAGUAACUGUGAAUAUUGUAAAUGUGUGAGACCGAAGGGGACGUCCCCGGCAAAGGAGAUCACCUUCGCAACAUUAAAUGAAAAUAUGCUGGACUUUUUUGCUUAUGGACAAUUUUAAAGGAAUUUUCACAAAAGAAAGAAACCAAACAAAAAAGGUUUAUGAAUCCUAAUUUGACACUGUUUAUUAUAAUUAUUUUUAUUAUAAUUAUUAUUGUUAUUCAGAUAAUUUAUUUUCACUGCCUUUUAUCUUUUACCAUAUCACCUGAAUAAUAAUAUGGAUACUGUUAUCCCAUUUAUGAAUAUAUUUUUAGCUGAAGGGCUAUCUUUGAGCUGGUCAACAUUUAUUAUACUCGUAAGAAAUAAAGAGAUCAAGUUCAUUACCCACCUGCUCCUUCAAUUCAAUACUCACAAUAAUUGAGUCUCCAUAAUAAGAACACUACAGACAUUUAUUUGGCUAAUUGUGCUGUCCUCCGUGCCAUAAUUAAUAUGAUUAAAAGCAACAAUGUCAGUUACAGCUAUUUUUUUUUUGUACCAUUAUAAUUAUCUUAGGGUUAUCUUCUGUGCGGCACUGCUCUGUAGCUUUCUACGCAUCUUUGUUUACAUAUGGAUACGUUUUCAGAAAUAUGCUUUUUGUGCUUUCUUGCAAGAGGAAAGAUUGGAUUUCACUCUCAUUUUGUAUGGUAAAUAUGAAGCUACAGCCAUCAGCCGGUUUAGCUGAGCAUAAAGAUUUGUAACAGCAAGCCUGAGUCUGACCAAAUGUAACAAUCCAACUAACACAUAUAACCUCUUUGACUAAUUACUUGGAGUACCCAGAAGUUACUGCGCCAGGCCAGGAAAUUGUCUAACACAUAAACAAACUCCAUAAACGACAAGGCAUCAUGUUUACACUGUUAUCUGAAUGGAAUGAAACAGACCUAGCUCUGGAGGUGAUGAUAGGCGGAUGUUGUUAUCUUUGGAAAGCUCCUUGCUAGCAGUUUCCAGUCUUUGUGCUAAGCUAAGCUAACUACCUGCUGGCUGUAGCUAUUUACCAUACAAACAUGAGAGUGGUAUCAAUCUUUUCAUCUCAAUCUCGGCACAAAAUGUUAGACUAUUUCUUUAACAGUGUUACUUUAAAUUCAGGCAUUGCUAAUGUCAUCAUGUGAGGAACAUAUUCGGAGCUGGGGAAACACUAUGUAUAUGUACAACUUUCUAUUAGCCUCUAUAUCAUAACUUUUGAUCAAGACUUCUACCAUCCUACCAGAUUCAGACAAUCCAUGCUUAUAUUACCGGCUACCUGUCACAAAAAGCUGAAAAUCUGGUGACAAUUGUAUACUGUUGAUAAUAAAGAAACCAUAUAAA